AAAUGGAAAAAUAAUAUUUUGUCCUUUUCAUUUACCCUUUCGAAUAUAACAUUCCCUCUCAGCUUUUUGUAGCCUCCUUUCAACUCCACGGCGCAGAUCCGAGGAGUUUCACUAUAACUCUCUAUUCCCUUUCGCUUCUACAGAUUCAACGUUUCAGUGAUGGCAGGUUUGGCUCCAGAAGGAACACAAUUUGAUGCACGUCAGUAUGACGCCAAGAUGAGUGAAUUGCUUUCCACUGAUGGACAAGAAUUCUUCACCUCUUAUGAUGAAGUCUAUGACAGCUUUGAUGCUAUGGGAUUGCAAGAAAAUCUUCUGAGAGGCAUAUAUGCUUAUGGUUUUGAGAGGCCUUCUGCAAUCCAGCAAAGAGGAAUUGUUCCUUUUUGCAAAGGUCUGGAUGUGAUUCAACAGGCUCAGUCUGGAACUGGGAAGACCGCUACAUUUUGUUCUGGAAUUUUGCAGCAGCUUGAUUACGGAUUGGUUCAGUGUCAGGCUCUUGUGUUGGCACCGACAAGGGAGCUAGCGCAGCAGAUUGAGAAGGUUAUGCGAGCACUUGGCGAUUACCUUGGUGUUAAGGUUCAUGCUUGUGUUGGAGGGACAAGUGUUCGUGAGGAUCAGCGCAUCCUCCAAGCUGGAGUACAUACUGUUGUUGGUACUCCUGGACGUGUUUUUGACAUGCUACGGAGGCAAUCUCUUCGCCCAGAUCACAUAAAGAUGUUUGUUUUGGAUGAGGCUGAUGAGAUGCUCUCACGUGGUUUCAAGGAUCAGAUCUAUGACAUCUUCCAGCUACUGCCAGGCAAAAUUCAGGUUGGAGUGUUUUCUGCUACAAUGCCACCAGAAGCUCUUGAGAUUACAAGAAAGUUCAUGAAUAAGCCAGUGAGGAUCCUGGUUAAGCGUGAUGAGCUGACCCUCGAGGGUAUCAAGCAGUUCUAUGUCGAUGUUCAGAAGGAAGAGUGGAAGCUGGAGACAUUGUGCGACCUUUACGAGACUCUGGCUAUUACUCAGAGUGUCAUUUUCGUGAAUACCAGACGCAAGGUGGACUGGUUGACUGACAAGAUGCGAGCCAAUGACCACACUGUCUCAGCCACCCAUGGUGACAUGGACCAAAACACUAGGGAUAUUAUCAUGAGGGAAUUCCGGUCUGGUUCUUCUCGAGUUCUCAUCACCACCGACCUCCUGGCUCGUGGUAUCGAUGUGCAGCAAGUUUCACUGGUCAUAAACUAUGAUCUGCCUACUCAACCGGAAAACUACCUCCACCGUAUUGGCCGUAGCGGGCGUUUUGGAAGAAAAGGUGUUGCUAUAAACUUUGUGACACAGGAUGAUGCCAGAAUGCUGUCUGAUAUUCAGAAGUUCUACAAUGUGAAUGUGGAGGAGCUGCCAUCCAAUGUUGCUGAUUUGCUCUGAUGAGUUAAUUUUUGUUUCUGUUAAGUCAUCAGGGCCUACUUUUUUGACAAUUACCAUUAUAUCCCUCUUUUGUGGUUAAAAAAAAAAUUGUUAUCUGAUGCUAUUCAUGAUGGAAUUGGAUGGAUUCUACAAAACAUGUUUAAUUUAUUAGCAGUGCUGUUGUAGCCUGCCAUUCCUUUUUUUUA